AAUUACAGGUACCUCGACCUGAUCAAAUACGGAGUCGACUGGAAAACCUACUACGAUUGUGAUCCUACUGACUUCCCUGGUACCGAUCAGCAGAAGGCACGCGUUUUGGGAGGCGAAGCAGCUCUAUGGGGAGAAUACGUGGACGGGACAAAUUUCAUGACUCGCAUGUGGCCCCGUGCGUCUGCCGUGGCUGAACGACUGUGGUCAGAUCCGGCACAGACGAAAUCACACGAUGAUGCAUGGCCACGUCUUCAUGAGUUCCGAUGCAGAAUGAUGAACCGAGGAUUUGCUGCCGCACCGCCAAACGCCCCUGAUUAUUGCCCGUUCGAGUGGGAUCCUAUUUAUAAGGAACUAUAA